AGAGGAAGAGGAAGAAAAGCCGAAAGUGCAGAAGAAAGUAAUGAAAGUCAAGGAGGCUGAAGAGACGGAAGAAACCGAAACCGAAGAAAAGGAAAAAGAAACCGAAGAAAAACAAGAAGAAACUGAAGAAACUGAAGAGGCUGAAGAGGAAGAGAAGCCGAAGAAGAAGGCUGCAAAGAAAAUAGUAGAGGAAGAGGAAGAAACGGCAAACGAAGAGGAAGAAGAGGAAGAAGUUCCAAAGAAGAAGAAGGCUUCCAAAUCGAAGUCUAAGAAAACGCAGAAGAAGCAAAAAGCCUCAAAGAAAGUGGUGGAAGAGGAGGAAGACAACGACGACGACGAAGAAGAAGACGCCGCCAAUGCCGAUUCUGCGAAUAACGACAACACCAACACAAAUGAUGAGAAUGCCAAUGAUAACGAUGGAGAGGAUGACCAUGACGUGAAUUCCCAUGACCAAAUCGACACUGUGAACUCGGAGCCUCCGCAGCUCAAUCUCUCCGUUGCGAGUGUGACUCCCUAUUCUGUCGUGCUCAACAUCGGAAUCGCGAGUCCCACCUACGUUUGGUGCACAGCGCGCCUCGCUUCGGACGCUGCUCCGUCGGUCUACGAUCUUCUAGCGAUCCCGCAGCACUAUUUCUCCGCGUCUGGAAGCUGGGAAAUCAACGGUUUGAACGCGCGGACCUCGUACAAGGCGUACUGCUACGCGGAGAACGAAUACGGAGUCGCGAUGAAGCCUACGAUCGAAGAUAUCGCGCAGACGUUCACGACCGAGGAAGUGGUGAUUUCGAUCAGCGAUAUCCAUCGAGAGAAGACCACGAUCACGUUCAACUACUACACGAACGCGAAUCUGCAGUCGGUUUGCUAUUUGAUGACGAUGGCCGGAGCGAAGGAGCGCACCAUUCUCCUGGGAAACAAGCACAGAGAGGUCGGCGAGUUCGGCCGCGUGGAUCCCAGCAAGUCCUACUUGGUGCAGUGCUUCGUGGGACAGGACGUCAGCAAGGAUUCCGCCGUGUUCUAUUCGCAGUCGUCGCCGAUCGAGAUUCCUCGCGAGCCGCGCGAGCAGCUGUGGAAUACGGUGAUCACGGUUGUUAUCUUCGUGUUCCUUCUCGGCGGAGUGAUUGGGUUGAUCCUGCUCUUCAAGAAUCCCGAUCUCUUCGAUUUCUUCUUCACGCCGUAA